UGCAACUGCAGCAUAUCAAUUCUCUCGGGGAGGUACUGUUUUCUAUUUUCUGAACAUGGAGCUGGCCGCAGCUCUACGUCUUGUGUACCAUCCCACCUCUUCUCCUAUGCUAAAAUCUAGGGUGAAGAUUUCUCAGAGACCCCUCGCUUCCACUCUCACAUCUUUUGCUCAACGCCCAAUUUCGUCACUAAAUCACGGCCUGCUCCUGAGAAUGUCUGAGGACCCACACAGAUUUAUUUCCUGUCCUGCAUCGCUCGAAGAGAAUGUCUCGACGAUAAACGCUCGGAUUGGGGAGGUCAAAAGGGUCACGAAGGAGACCAAUGUGUCGGUGAAAAUAAAUUUGGAUGGUUCAGGGAUUGCUGAGAACAAUACUGGGAUUCCCUUCCUGGAUCACAUGUUGGAUCAACUUGCUUCGCAUGGGCUAUUUGAUGUGCAUGUGAAGGCUACUGGGGACAUCCACAUUGACGAUCAUCACACAAAUGAAGAUGUUGCUCUUGCCAUUGGAACGGCUUUUUUGCAGGCACUUGGUGAUAGGAAAGGAAUAAAUCGGUUUGGUGACUUCUCUGCCCCUCUUGAUGAAGCACUAAUACACGUUGUGCUGGAUUUAUCUGGACGACCGCAUUUAAGUUAUGAUCUGCAAAUACCUACUCAGAGAGUCGGAACAUAUGACACUCAGUUGGUGGAGCAUUUUUUCCAGUCACUGGUGAAUACUUCUGGCAUGACACUUCACAUCCGCCAGCUUUCUGGAAGAAAUUCUCACCAUAUAAUUGAAGCAACCUUCAAAGCUUUUGCAAGAGCUCUUCGGCAAGCAACAGAAUAUGACCCACGUCGCCGUGGGACAAUUCCUAGUUCAAAAGGCGUGCUAUCACGUUCUUGAUUUUUAGUCAUUAUCAAGCUAAAGGUGGAUAAUGCCUUGAGGUGGUAAUGUUAGCCAUAUCCUUAUUUUCCUGACGCAUGCUUCUGGGAGAAUCUGGUUGAUGAUGCCACAUGUAUAUGGUCAUUGACCGUCAGUUGAAGCCCUGCAGAGCUGAGACAGAACAACAUACUUACCUGGGGGCUACCGCUUGAGCAAUGAGUGUCCAAGCGGAAUAUUGCUUGUAUGAAUUGAUGUACACGUAACAGUUUGGUGCUCCUAUUGUCUUCUAUUGGUUGUUGAGACCAGUCAAUCGUUAAACCCCAUGCAGAUGGAUCAAUGUACCUUCUAGCUUGUGUGAUUUAAUUUGUUGCUACCACCAGUGUUCAAUUUUACAGAGCCUUUUGACAACA